CCGAAAAAUUGUUUCGAGGAGAGCCGAAUUGAGAUCUUGGAUUCGUCCGUGCAGAAAUUCCCUGCCAAUUCGUAAUUGGACCGAAAACUGUUUUCGAGAAUUAUCCCGAAUUAGACUCCAUACAGGUCGAAUCUGGAAAAUGGCUGAAGUCUCGACCGACGUGUACGACAUUGUGUUUCCUAGUCCGCCGCCAUUGAAAGAAAUCGCUGCCAUCUCAAUAGCUCUCCGAUUAUGGCACCAAGAAAUCAACACGCAUCGUAUUAAAAACACUUUGGAUAAGCUCAAUUUGCAAGAAAACAUUUUACCGAGUAAUUCAGUAUCUCGUAUACCGUCUAUGGUUUUGUCUCUGAUUGAAAAAUACGUCAAACGAGUCGGACUCUCAAUCAAGCAUUGGCUACUAGAUCAUCUUAAUCCUAAUUUUUCCAACAAGGGAAUUUUAAACGACUUUAUCGACUUCGUGGCGGAUUUCGAUGGCUCGAUUCAUUAUGUUUGGACUGCCAAACGAUUAGUUCAAUGCGAUGAAGUUGAUAUACUAAUAAGAUUUCGUAUCGCCUGCAAGUAUUGCUUAGAAGAUGAUAUUGUACGAAUUUGGCCUUCGGUUUCAUCCCAUGAUGACCUAAAAUCGAAAAAAUUUCCAUUUGAAGAAAAUCCUGAAUUGAAUUACUGGGUUUUCCGACUAAAAAACCAGUUGUACAAGUUACCUCGGUUGAUGAAUCAAUGUCAGCCUAUUGAAGAAGAAAUUAUCCACAGAACGUUUCGUAAUGAAACUACUCGGUACAUUUCAUGGUCAUUUAUAGAUUACUUUUGGAAUCUCAUCGAUAGUAAUGCUCGAAUUCGACUCAUAACAGAAGAAGAUGAAUCACGAAUACGUAGACGUAUGCUUAGACCGUAUAGAUAUUUGCUCGGAAAAUUAAAUGAAAUGGAGCUCGAAAAAUUCGCCAAUGCAACGGGAUACAGGAUCAUUUUUGACUUACUAUGUGAUUUUGGUGAUUCAACGGAUUGUGUUGUUCGAAUAUGCGACAAAUCGUAUCUUAAAACUGACGUGCUAGAUAGGGCGCCUUUCGUCAUGGCAAUUUGGACCUACAUUAAAGAAAAAAUGAAUGGUGAUACUUUUUUCUUACUCGUUCGAAAAAUUGUUCGAGAAUUUGGUCGUUCUCCGAUUAGCUCACCUAUCUGCUGCGAAUUGUGGAAUACUGCACUGGAGCAUCUGAAAGCUGAUGCAAUCCAGCAACUUUUGCCAGAAAAUUCUUUGGACUUUACAGCUGCAAAUGAUCCGGUGCCAGCAUCUAACAUAGAUAGUUCAUUUCUAUCAGCAGUUCUAUUAAAUGCAUCAGAAGAAGAUCAGAGAACAUUUUGGCUCAGACAUUUUUGUUGGUUGAUCGACAAGACGUCUGCAGAAGAAUAUGAUCAAUUGAUGCGGUUAUGCUACAGCGACGAUGAAGAUGAAAUCGUUCAUUUCAAAGAUCUCGUUUUGCCUAGAUUUCCCCCUAUACGAGAAAAAUGCGUGAAGUUACUCAACGACCUAGAAUUAGAAGAACUGAACAAGUUUUUGGGUUUUUGGUGCACGGAUGAACAAACACGUAAAACAAUGCAACAAAGCUUUUUAGUCGAAGGAUUCGAGAUUGACGUCAAAAACAUCCCGAAGAUAUCGCCUUUACUCAAUGAUUUCAUCGACGAUUCUUAUGACGACCUAAACCUCGCUACAGAAUUCAAAACCCAGUUGCUCUAUUCUCCCACUAUGAAGGAAAAAUUCACCAAACUGGUCGAUUUCUACGGUCGUGGUCACUCGUUUUAUCAAGAGGCAAACUUUAUUGACAUAUUAGCGCCAUCACAGCAGGUUGCUCGUGACUUGAAAAGACUUUAUUUCAUUCCUUUGCUCCAGCAAAAGUUGAUUGCUGAUAGUUUUAAGUCUAAAAUCGAAGAAAAUGAAUUUUCAAAUUUUAUGAGCGAAUGUACAAGUAACGAAGAUGAAAUUGCAGAGCUUAAAGCGAGCGUAUCGGUGGAUGAAAUGGUCCAAAAUGUAAUUCGAAACGUAAUGGGUAAAAAAGGUGGUCCAGAAUAUAAUUCUUUCCUUGUUGAUUUUUUGGAGUGGUAUUUCCGCACUACUCAAGAACUCGAUGAGUUCAAGGCGAGGUAUGCUGAAGAUGAUGUGUUUGUCAAGUUGAUUACAAGAGAUGGUUAAGAUUUUCGAUCACUUUAUGAAUUUUUUGCGAUGUUUAAGAGAACUGGUUGAAUUUUUCUAUUCAAAGGUAUCGUUACGAGCUCGUUAAUUUACGUAAAAUUAAUUCUUAAUUGUAAGUUUUGUGAAUGUUUCCCAAAUUAUAUCUACCUAAAUAAUAACAUUAAAAAAAAGAUGAAUAAUAGGUCGGUAGUUACUCGUAUGUUGUUGAGUUUUUAAAUAUAAAUUAUUGGAAAUACAUAUAAAAUUAAAAAAAAAAAAAAAAAAACUGAAUUUUGCUGUUGACUAGCUUGAUUUCAACCACAUUUUUUUCUUACGUGAACAUACUGAGAAAGUUCUUGAAUGACAGAACAGUAUGGCGACAAAUAAAACUCGUCUCGAGGAUCUUAAUUACAUAGAAUUAAGAUUGAGAAUAUCAUACCGGCAUUGAGUAAAAUAAAGAAAAUCGUCAAAUGAAAAAUUUGAAAUGAAUACCUCUCCAAUUCUCCAUAGUUUUUAUCAAUUCAAUCAAGGUUCACGGAAAAUGUCUACAUUGUUUUGGUAUCUUGUUGAAUUAAUUGGAGUUCCAUCCAAUUUAGAAAUGAGUAGAUAAGUAAUUAUAUUUUGAAUUGAUAAUUAGGCUUCGGAGUUACAAGAUGAAUAUUGAAAUGCAAUGUUAAUCUUGGUAGAUACUUAAUCAAAGUAAAAAUCAACGAUGGAGAAAAAAAUUGAAAAGAGAAAUAGAACUAUGAAAAAUAUUUGAAUACUUGCCUCUGAUUGGUUAUACAUAUUAUGAACUUAAAAAUGAAUCAAUGAUUAUAAUAAGAAUACUUAGGUAUCGAAAAUAUGGAAAGUUCUGAUAUUUCGCGGAGAUGGCGUAUUCAGAAUUUUUCCAAGGGAAGGACAAAACAAGUUAUUCAAGAAUAGCCUUGUGUGUACGUUUGUCCAUAAUAUAUAUUCAGGGUAUCUAACAGGUAGUGAAAGUAGUGAAAAAGUAGUGAUUUUUAAAAUGGGUAGUGAAAGU